AUGGGCUCAAACGGCACGCUUACGGAUCCGAAGGAAUAUCAGAACAUAUUCCAUUGGGCUGAGACACAAAAGAAUGCGACCAUUCCUUCCUUCAAGACAAGGAGGAAUGACCCUUAUGAGUAUCAAGCUGGAUUCGGAAACUCAUUCGAGUCUGAGGCUGUUCCCGGCACCAUUCCACAUGGCCAGAACAGCCCUCGAAACGUUCGCUUCGGUCUUUACGCAGAGCAAGUUACCGCAACUGCUUUUAUUGCCCCUAGACACUCCAACAAGAACGCUUGGCUCUACCGCGCUCGUCCAGCUGUGGCUCACGAAGGAUUCACCGACCUCCCAGACAACAAAGACACCGAGAGCAGCUUCCUACCACUAAACCCCCGCAUCCAUGUCUCUCCUACUCAGCUUGCAUGGCACCCAUUUGAUAUCGAAGAGGCCGAGACCGACUUCAUCUCUGGACUCAAGACCGUAGCUGGGUCCGGUGAUCCAACGCUACGUGAGGGUAUCGCCACGCAUGUGUAUACCGCGAACAAGAGCAUGACCAAGAAGGCAUUUGUAAACUCAGACGGCGAGUUCCUCAUAGUUCCCCAACAGGGUGCCCUCGACAUCCAGACUGAGUUCGGUCCCCUUUACGUCCAGCCAGGUGAGAUUGUCAUAAUCCAGCGCGGUCUCCGUUUCCGCGUGGAACUGCCAGAUGGACCCUCUCGUGGUUAUAUCCUUGAAAUCUGGGGUUCCCAAUUCGAACUCCCGGAACUUGGCCCACUAGGAGCGAAUGGCCUCGCCAACGCCCGUGACUUUCUGUAUCCAACCGCCAAAUAUGAAGUCGUUAAGGAGCCCUGGGAGAUCAUCUACAAGCUAGGAGGAAAGUUCUUCAAGAGCACACAACAGCACAGCCCCUUCGACGUCGUUGCCUGGCACGGUAACUACGUCCCAUACAAAUACGACCUGACAAAGUUCGUCAAUGUCGGUUCCAUCUCAGUCGACCACAUCGACCCCUCCAUCUUCUGUGUCCUUACUGCAAAAUCCCGCGACCUUACCGCUCCUCUCGCUGACGUGCUCAUCUUCUCUCCCCGCUGGGAUGUCGCAUCACACACCUACCGCCCACCAUAUUACCACCGCAACGCCGCCUCAGAACUAAUGGGUCUCAUCUACGGCGAAUACGGCGGCCGCUCAGACGAGUUCAAGCCCGGCAGCGUCUCCUUCGAAUGCGGAAUGGUCCCCCACGGCGUUGCCUACGAAGAAUUCAAAGCCGCAACCGAAUCAUCCCCACCGGUAGCGCAAAUCUCGCAGGGCUCAAUCGCAUUUAUGUUCGAGUCGUCUCGCCCAUUCACGAUCACGGAUUAUGCGUGGAAUAGCGCGAAGAAGCACGAGCAUGAGCCGAAGAUGUGGGAUAGUCUUGUGGAUAACUUCAGUAGCCAUGCAAAGGAGGUGGAGGAGAUUUUGGCGAGGAAGGCGAAGGGAUUGAGGGCUUAA